AUGAAAGUCGAGUUCAGCACAAGUGCCACAUUUGAUGAUGCAGAACACAUGCUUAUCGAACGGCUUCGGGCUGAUCCGAACUCCUCUCCAUCUCAGGUUGGUGGCAACGGAUAUCCCGUUCUUGACAGUUUUAUCUCUUCUCCCCGGAAAGCUGGACACAGUGGAGUUGAUGACCUGCAAUGGUCUCAUAAUGCUCCAUUGAUCGAUCUCAUCAGGGGUUCUUCGCUACUCGUAGAUGAGUAUGAUAUCAGCAAGGGUUUGCUCGGUAGCAUACGAGACACCAAUCAUGACCACCUCGAAUUCCACAAGAAGCGUAUUGCCGAGAUGCUACCAAACUCUGCAGACCUUUUACGAAUUCUGCAAUGCACUCAGAGAUUCUGGGUCCUCUGGCCUCUGCACCCUGCUCAACUUACCUCAUCAAAGGAACUUGGAAUAUCCGUGGUUACCGUGGCGAAAUCUUUUGUCGAGGAAGCCAUCGCUUCAAAUAACCCAGGAUUUAUUGCCAAGGCUAUCAUGUGGUUGGCACUAUGUAUUCAGCAGCUUCCGAAAGACUAUAGAGAACAAAACAGGUCCUUUCCCUUUCCGGCCAAGAAACUCGUGUCAGCCUACAUGGACGAGUCGGACGCCCUCCUAGAUCUAGACAUGCGCAGUGGACCAUCUUGUGCCGGCGUCGAAUGUCUGGUUCUCCAAGCGAAAUGCUGCGUCAAUAUGGGACGCCCUCGCCAGGCUUGGUCCGCCAUUCGCCGUGCCCUGCACACAGCAAUAUUGCUUGGCUUACACCGGGCAGCCGACGUCACUGAAACCAAAGACAUAGAUAUUUGGGAAACAGUAUGGCGUUAUGAUAUGCAGCUAUCCCUGAUUCUCGGAUUUCCUCACGCAGCCUCGGGGCAGCGACUUGUUACCACUAAGAGUAGCGGUGGAAGCUCCGUCGAGGCCAAGUUGAUGCAUAGGAUCAGCGUGAUCUGUGGUCAGAUUAAUGCACGAAAUCAAGACUACAAUGAUGCGACAUAUUCGGUGACUAUACGCCUUGAUGACGAAGUCGAGGACAUUAGAUUGGCCUUCCCGCCACAGUGGUGGUUACCCAGCACCUCAGACUCGUUGCCGCUAGGUCUCUUUGUCGUAAGGCAGACGCUAAAGCUAUACUUUCAUCAACUCAAGCAACUCAUUCACUUGCCAUGGGUGACAAAGGCUAUCACCGACAAAAAGUACAGCUAUAGCAGGUCAUCUGUCCUUGAGGCUGCAGAGAGCCUGAUAAGUUGCUAUCGAGACAUGAAACGGCACCCAGACGGACUUUCGGUGAUGUGUUUCCUGCUCGAUUUCCAUGCCUUCAGUUCAGGCAUGGUUCUAGCGACAGAUCUUAUAUCGCAGCAGGCUACCUGGUCCGUGGCAAUGGAGGAGCAAAAGUGGGCAAUCGUACUGGGGCUCAUCGCCGAGCUAAGGCAGGUGUCGAGAACUGUAGAAUGUGUUGUGGCGGAUCAAGGAGCACAGGUUUUGCAGUACCUUUACGACGCCCGUCAUGGAAUUUACAGUGGCCCAGAUAUAUACGAAGCUAUAGUUCCCUGCUUCGGCAAGGUCCGCAUUCAAGGCCCGAGUCAACAACUUGCGCAAGCCCAGGCACGUACGACGAUGGGUCUGAAUUACAGUUCCCCGCAUAACCAGGGCACUGUUGAGUUAAGUUCGAACAUGUUCAAUUUGGACCCGUCGUUGAACAAUACAAGUGGCGAAUUGGAUGCAGAUUGGACGUCCUUCCUGGAUGACAGCAUAGUGUACGACUGGAAAACUGUCUUCAGCUUUAAUGCGGGAAGUUCAGUGGGAACAACUAUCGAAUAG